AAAGUAUUAAUUUCGGUUAUUUUAUUUCAAACAACGCAAGAGAUUAACGUCCAAUCAAAAGUCAUCUAUCCCAUAAUAUCUUUCUUCAACCACAAGAAGUUCUUUUGGGCAAGCGCCAUUUUGAUGAAACCAGUGUGCGUGGAGGAGAGGACACGUGUGUGCUGUAAAUGUAAGUUUAAUGUUCUUUCUUGUAACACUUUAGACUUGAGAUGCAUAUUUUUUGAUAGAAGAGCAGGGUAGUUAUUGUUGCUACGUUAUAAUUUCAUUAAUGUUAAUGUUAGUGACUGGAUACGAGUCUAACACCACUUCGCUGGUACUACGGUUAAGUGUUGAAUUAAUGUGAUGUACAACGUUAUACUUUUGACGGCUUUGAUCCUCGAAACCUGCAUGCUUAAAGCAUGUAACGUUUCAGCAAGCCAACUACCAAAUGUCAUUAGAUAGCAAGCAAAGAAGUUCGCACGUUAGCAAAUGACCGUAGAUUAGCAUAGAUGGUCUAACAGGGGACAUCUGCACGUUGGCAAGCUCACCUAACGUUGCCUAAAGCCAGACAGCAUGCUAAUGAAGUAAACACGUUAGCAAAUUAACGUAGGUUAGCAUAGAUGGUCUAACAGGGGACAUCUCUGCACGUUGGCAAGCUCACCUAACGUUGCCUUAAACCAUACAGCAUGCUAAUGAAGUAAACACGUUAGCAAAUGACCGUAGGUUAGCAUAGAUGGUCUAACAGGGGACAUCUCUGCACGUUGUCAAGCUCACCUAACGUUGCCUAAAACCAGACAGCAUGUUAAUGAAGUAAACACGUUAGCAAGCUAACAGUGUUAUCGAAAAAGUAGAGACCUUGCUACUGUUAAUAAGUUAAUACUUUAGCGAGCUAUCAUAAUGACAACGUAGCUUAACAGCCUAGUUAUACAGACAUUAGACUAGAGCUGUUCAGUUGUUUCCCCCCCAUGAUGUCAGUCUUAUAUUCUUCUAUUAUUAUCUCCUUAGAUAUUACUUGUUGAGCAUGUAAAAUGACAAGUGCCAACGAGAGGUUCUUAAAACGGAUGUUAGUUUUGCGCCAGCAUCACUCAAAGUGUGAAUCCCGGUAUGAUAAAAUGACCACCAUGGAGAAGCAGGAGAGCGAUGCAGAAUCGGGAUACAAAACGGAAGGCCCAAAAAGAACAACAAAAGUACGAAAUAACAGUGGUUCAGAAUUUGUUCCAGAGCUACAGCGAACGGAAAGUGUGUUUCUCACAAAAGAGAUGCUGGGCAGUCCCAGAGAUUCUUUGACCAGCAGUGAAGACAGUGGCAGUGAGGACGAUUAUGUUCCAGACUCAGAGGAGCUGUGCAAUCAAAAUGAUGUGUGGAUUGUAAAGAUGGGAGAGCAAAUGUUUAACAAAAUUGGCCAUGAUCCUUCAAAACACGAAUACAUUAGGCAAAAGAUGAGGGAGGUUGGAAGACUGCUGUCAGCAGGUAGACAGGAAUCCCAAAUGCAGACAAUGGAGGAUUUCAUUCUUCCGUCAAACUUUCCCCAUGUUGUGAAUGCUGUGAAGCAUGUGGCAGGCUUUGACAGUAACUCUAAUUCUUUCAAAAUCCCUUCACUGGCUUUAAUAUUAGGCCACAGCUUGCAGAAGAUUGCGAGCAUUAUUGAAUGUCAUGCAAUGAUAUCGGGGAAAAAGAAAAUUGUUGAAAAUGCACAACACUUCAAACAAAUGUACCGAACAUGCUGGAAUGAAAAGGUUUCCUCAUCUGCACUGAAAACACUUUCAGAAGCGAAGUGGAACAACCCACAACUGCUGCCAUUCACCGAAGAUGUUAAAAAAAUGCACAUGUACAUGGAUCAAAAACAAAAAGAUGUAUACCAACAGCUAACAAACAAGGAAUCAUCAAGCAACUGGGUUGAUUUAGCUGAAGUAACCCUCGCUCAGCUCAUACUGUUCAACCGUAGAAGAGAGGGGGAGGUGUCAAAAAUGCGCCUAACUGCCUUCACUGAAACUGAUGUGCCAUUGCAUGCAGAUGUAGCUGAGGCUCUAACUGCUCUAGAGAAGAAGCUGUGCGAACACUUCAAAAGGAUUGAAAUUCGUGGGAAGAGAGACAGGAAGGUCUCUCUACUGCUAACCCCAGCAAUGCAGGCGUCCAUGGAAUUGUUAGUGAAGACUCGUGCAUCCUGUGACGUUCUCGAAAAUAACAUCUACUUUUUUGCCAGACCUAGGCAAGAUACAUUUAUACGAGGAUACAAGUGCAUUCACCAGUUUGCAAACGAGUGCCAAGCCAAAUACCCAGAGUGCUUAUCCUCUACGAAAUUAAGGAAACAUGUAUCCACACUUUCCAAGGUUUUGAACCUCAUGGAUACAGAAAUGGAUCAAUUGGCUGAUUUUUUGGGCCACAACAUCGCAGUCCACCGCAAGUUCUAUCGCCUGCCAGAAGGAACACUACAGCUGGCUAAAGUUAGUAAAGUCCUGAUGGCCAUAGAAAGAGGGUGCUUAAUGGACUACAAAGGAAAGAAUUUGGAUGAAAUUCAGAUUGAUCCCAAUGAAACCAUUCCAGAGGAGAGUGACCAUUCAGAAAGCGAACUGACAGGCGAAGAACUAAGCCCAUCUUCUACAUCCUACCUACCUUCAGCUGCUAAGAAAAGCACUUCAAAGAAGAAACACUGCAGGCAAUCAGAGGACGAGUCAGAGGAUCCAGGUUCAGCUGCUAAGAAGCGCACUUCAAAGAAGAAACACUGCAGGCAAUCAGAGGACGAGUCAGAGGAUCCAGGUUCAGCUGCUAAGAAGCGCACUUCAAAGAAGAAACACUGCAGGCAAUCAGAGGAAGAGUCAGAAGAUCCAGGUUCAGCUGCUAAGAAACGCACUUCAAAGAAGAAACACAGCUGGCAAUCAGAGGACGAGUCAGAGGAUCCAGGUUCAGCUGCUAAGAAACGCACUUCAAAGAAGAAAGACUGCAGGCAAUCAGAGGAAGAGUCAGAUGAUCCAGGUUCAGCUGCUAAGAAACGCACAUCAAAGAUGAAGAGCCAAAGCAAAUGUGAUGAACUGAACUCCGAUGUUCCAGACACAGCAUCCAAGAUAUCCUGCCGCAAGAGAAGACCAUGGAGUCCAGCAGAAAUCAGCGCUGUUGAGAAGACAUUGAUGACAUGCAUAACUACAGGCAGAACUCCUGGCAAGGCAGACUGCAUGGAUUGUAUCAAAUCAGCACCUGAAGCACUGAAAUAUCGUGACUGGACCUCAGUUAAGUUCUAUGUGAAAAACCGCUGUGUGUCCUACCAAAGAACCACACAGAACCUUUGAUAGCAAUUUCAUAAGUUGAGUUUGGGGGUGGGAGAUGGGAAUGUGUUAACAGGGCUUGAGCAUUUUAUAGGACCACACAAUACAUGCCCUGUACCAAAGCAUUUUAGAGGACAACACAAUAAUACAUGCCCUGUACUUAUUUAGUAUCCUUGUUUAUAUUUUAUGUUGGCAGAGGGUCAACAAUGUUUUUAUUUUGAUAUUAUAGUACAUGCACUUUAUUUUAACAGUACUUAAAUGAUUUUAGGUUGGGAGAGGGUCAAUUGUGUACUUUUGUUGUUAAUAUAGCAGUACAUGCUCAUACAGACAGGCUUUAUGAUUGUGAUAAUGUUGAAGUGUGUUGAAUGUGAGAAGAGGGUAAGUUGUAUCCUUGUUGACGAGGUUCAUUAAGAUUAUUCUGACAACAACAUUUGUUUAUGCAUUUUAUUGUAUUUUUUUUAUUUUCAUUAUUCAAUAUUCAUUAUUUGCAAUACCUGAGUAGGUAUUUGAUAUUAAGAAGUGAUCUGCUUUUUCACAUGACUGUAGCAUUACUUAAGCACUUUCAGAAAUAAUGUACUUAUAACUAUCACAACAGUCUACCUCAUAACGUUCUAAUGCAGUGUGGUUGUGCAUUCUGGCACUGUAUUAAGCAGCCAAUAAAUGUGCUGAUUGCUACUAAUGUUUUCAUUAUUUUCCUUGUGUAUACCUAUUAGCUUCAACUUGGUGUCAUGAGGCAGGUCUCACGAGUAUCUCCAAAACAACAGUAAAUCCUCAAAACUCAUGGUAUUAUAGUAUUGCAAAUGUGGUUUACAUUACAUGUGCUCCUUUAGAAUGGUUUUCAUUAUAUCCAAGAAAAUACAGUAGUUGGUCCCCAGAUUGCACUGUGCUUGUUGAUGACAUCACUUGGGUGGGCGUGACUAUGGGCGGGGCCAGAGUCCUCACUUUGUCCACCUGACACCUGUCCCCUGUAGCUGGUCUGGAGUCAGGUGUCAGACUAACUUCAGGUAUGAAGUGUGUAUUCUAUAUUUCAACUGAUUUGCUUAUUACUGAACCCAUAUACAAUGCUCCUGUGCAAUGGCUUGUCUGUACCAUGCUUAGAAAGUGGUGUCCCCAAGAGUGACCAUUCUGUCAGGU